CUCGGGCUCCCUCCACAUGCUCCCAUCUUAUGCCUGUGGCUCUUUGAAAGCCAAUCUCACAGAACGAUUUCCCAUCCGAUGAUGUUAAUGUUCUGAACUUCCGAUAACGCCGCUCUGAUUUCUCCGCCACGAGCCUUUGAACGUCUCAACGAUGGGCAAAAACAUGGAGUUUCAGGACGCUGUGAGUUUCGUUGUCCACCGAUCCAUACAGAAAAAUCGGGUUUCUCACAAAGCAACGGAAGCAGAGAAAUUUAACGACACCGCCACUCCAGGCCGAAAAUGGAAGAUAUUCUACCGGGCAUCGUCGGCCGUCCCUUCAAAACAAUCAAAACCUGGAAAGAAACAGCCCCCGGAAGAGUUUCUCUGUCCCAUAUCAGGGUCUCUCAUGGCAGACCCCGUCAUCGUCUCCUCAGGCCACACCUUCGAGCGAGUCUCUGUUCAAGCUUGUAAAAAUUUAAACUUCACACCACGGCUCUCCGAUGGCUCCACGCCCGAUUUUUCUACCGUAAUUCCCAACCUUGCCCUUAAAUCUGCCAUUGCUAAAUGGUGCCAGAACUCCGCCAACCUACUCCCCGAGCCGCCUGAUGUAGCUUCUUCUGAGAAGUUCGUGCAUAGACUAAUGACGAAGACCGAGAAGACAGAUUCAAGUGUCCCGAACAAAAUAGAGUCGCAGAAGGUUUUGAUCACCGAGGAAGAGCUGAUUCAAGGAAUGAAGGAGAACCCACCUGUGAAUUUCAAUCACGCAGCGACCGAGGUCACUCGACGGCCUGCUCAACCUUACUGGAACUCAGAGGAAUCGGCGGGUUCCUCUCCGGCAUCUCCGCCUAUGCAACUUUCGACUCGACCAAGCUGCUAUUCUUCUUCUUCAUCCUCAGAAAUCGAAGUCAUUAUUCCUAGCUCGCCUGAAGAAGAGAAUAUCUUUGCGAAGUUAAAAAGCUCACUAGUGUCCGAGAUCGAAGAAGCCGUUAUUUCACUAAGAAAGCUCACGAAAACUAGAGAGGAUACAAGGGUCCAUCUCUGCAGUCCUCGGUUACUCUCCGUCCUUCGAUCGCUGAUCGUGUCCAAGUACACUAAUAUUCAGGUGAACGCGGUCGCAGCUCUGGUGAACCUCUCGUUGGAGAAAGUGAACAAAGUAAAGAUACUGCGGUCCGGAAUCGUUCCCCCGUUGAUUGACGUAUUGAAGGGGGGAUCCCCUGAGGUGCAGGAACACGCUUCCGGCGCACUCUUCAGCUUGGCCAUUCAUGACGAUAACAAGACUGCAAUCGGAGUGCUGGGUGCUCUGCCGCCGCUGCUCAACUUGCUUCAAUCCGAUAAUGAGCGAACUCGAAAUGACUCGGCGCUUACACUGUACCACCUCUCCCUCGUACAGAGCAACCGGACCAAGAUGAUAAAACUCGGGUCGGUUCCGAUCCUAAUGAACAUGUUAAAGUCGGGCACAAUGAGGGGUUACGUGCUACUCAUACUAGGCCACUUGGCAUCUUGUGGGGAUGGCCGGGCGGCGAUGUUGGAUGCGCGGGCGGUGGAGUGCUUGGUGGGGCUACUAAGCGGUAGCGACUUGGGUUACGGAUCGACCCGGGAGAGCUGCGUGGCCGCGUUGUAUGAACUGAGUCACGGCGGUUUGAGGUUUAAAGCGGUGGCAAGGGCGGCGGGGGUGGUGGAGGCAUUGAAGAAGGAGGAGAAGGUGGGAAGCGAGAGGGCGAGGGAGAAGGUGAAGCGGAUAUUGGAGAUGAUGAGGGUGAAGGAGGAAUCCGAUGAGGACGACGUCGACUGGGAGGGGCUUCUUGACUCGGGUUUGAGUAGUCUGAGUCGGGUUUGUGUCUCGAGCGAGUCUACUGUUAACGUGCCCGGGUUAUGAGUACAGUGUUUGUUUGUUUGUUUUUUUUUUCCUUUUCGUUUUUCACUGUAAAUUGUUUUGCUUUCUCUCUCUUUUUUGGGGUCUUUCCUCUUCCCAAAUAUCGCAUGGCCUUCUUUCUGCAUUUUCUGCUUCUCCUCAUUAUUACAUACGGGAGAAAAAUAAUUUGAUUUUGGUAUCAAAUAUAA